UUAUAGAGAUGGUAUACAUCAAAUGGGUUCUCACCAAGCUCGCAAUUUCUCUUCACCGCCUGUUAGCAGUGGUAACGUUAUCUGAUUUCGCAUCCAUCAAAAAUUCUUCUUUUGAGUGUCGAUUGUAUAUAGAUAUUGAUUUUGUGAAUUGUGAUUUUAUAGCGUCGAAUGCAGCUGUGCGGUACUUACUUCGAGGAAUAACAGCAGCUGGGGGAUAUGUUAUCGCUCCUUAUAUAAGUCUCCAAGAAGCAGUCGACUUGAAACUUGAGGGGAAGCGUAACGAGACAUUGAGACAGUUGGACGAAUUCUACGAGAAAGAUGAACAAUGUUGGUCUGACAUGGUACACCAUCAUAACUUAAAGGCAAGCAGAAGAAAGAGGCAGUGAGAGGGAGGAGGAGUCUGAGGAAAACUUCAUCCAAGGAAACGAUAUUUUCAAGCUUUGGGAAGUGUAUCCGGUCACUGUGUGGUUUGGAAUUUGAUCAGACAAUCAAUUAAGUAAAUUGCGUUUUAGACUGUAAUGUGUGUUUUAUGUGAAUUUUUUUUAAUCUGAUGCUGCUUUGUCUUAUGGUCAACACUCACCUUUGAUAAUAUGAAUAAGGAAUUAUUAUAACA